CACACACAGCUGCGCCCCGAAGUGGGACACUCAACUCAAAAUUCAACUGGCUGAAGUUUAGUGCUGCAGACGGGCAGAGCAGGGUGCACUGUCUACUACAUUUUAGGUCUGUGGCGGGUUGAAAGUGGAAUAUUUUUCUGCGGCGACAAAAUGAAGCCAGCAGUGGUCCUGCUGGGUGUCAUCCUGCUGGUUAGCAACACUCUUGGUGCUGAAGAGUCCUGUGUGGGUCGCUGUGGCUCCUUCGAACCCCAGAGGAAAUGUCAGUGUGACUCUAUGUGUGUUUACUAUGGGAGCUGCUGUGCGGACUUUGACACCAUCUGCCCCAAAAAAAUUGCUCGUGGUGACACCUUUGAAGAAGCAGAGGAUGUGACUGACAUAGUUACCACCACCGCUGAGGCUGCUACAACUGCCCCUCCGAGGUCCAACAUCAUGGAAGUCACCACUGCAGCUCCUCCUCUGUUCAACACCACCACACCAGGCCCUGUGCCCACUGGAAACCCUGAUGCAGUGGUCUGCAGUGGUCAUCCUUUUGAUGCCUUCCUGCAGCUGAAGAACGGGUCCAUCUAUGCAUUCAGAGGUGAAUAUUUUUUUGAGCUGGAUGAAAAAUCUGUCCUUCCUGGAUACCCCAAAUUAAUUCAGGAUGUGUGGGGAAUACCUGGUCCAAUUGAUGCUGCAUUUACUCGCAUCAAUUGCCAGGGAAAAUCCUACAUCUUCAAGGGAAACCAGUACUGGAGGUUUGAGGGUGACGUCUUGGAUGAGGACUAUCCACGGGACAUUUCAGUUGGUUUUGAUGGCAUACCAGAUGGUGUCAAUGCAGCAUUUGCCAUACCUGCACCAAGUCACCGCAGCAAAGAGAAAGCCUACUUUUUCAAAGAUGACAGUUAUUACCAGUACGAGUUCAAGCACCAGCCUUCACAUGAGGAGUGUGUUGAAAUGACCAGGUCAUCUCCGUCUGUGCUUUUCACACGGUACACUGACCUCUACUGUGAUCAGUCAUGGGAGGAUCUUUUCACACAGCUGUUUGGAGGCUCUGUCAGCCCUCACCAGAGGGGCCCCCGUCUCAUCAGUAGGAACUGGGUAGGGAUCAGUCCCCCAGUAGAUGCUACCAUGGUUGGACGUGUCCACCUAACUCCCAAGCCGUCGCCCUCUCCUCCUCCAGUGAUGAAGAGGAGCAGUAGGAAGAGGAAGCCCAGCAAGAAACGAGGACGGCACAGUCGCCACUCUUUGCUUGAUGAUUUGUGGAGUAUGGAUGAUUUAUUCGACUUCAGCGACUACAUUGACUACAGGGACUUCACAAGCCUGAGCACCCAGCACCAGUACCAGCCCACCCCUGUCCAAAAUGUUUACUUUUUCAAAAAAGAUAAAUACUACAGAGUCAACCUACAGACAAAACGUGUGGACCUGACAAUCCCUCCUUACCCACGAUCCAUUGCAAAAUAUUGGCUUGGCUGUGAGAAUGAAGAUAAACCAGAUGCAUCACGUGCAGAGAAGAGAUAGACAGGGUGACCAAGUCUGUAACUCUGAGUAAAUCUACAUUGUCCUGUACUUAGAAAAUAAUCUUAUAGUUCACUUCUGUUCAUUUCCUUAUCAAACCAUUCAGUAUAUUAGAAGCAUUGUGCCACGUAUUAGGAUGACAGGCUGAAAUUCUGCAUGAUUUAAUAAACUUUGAGUAUCAGUUUUAUACUUGCCUUACUUUGUCAUUGCACAUGCCCAACGUGUUGGCUAAAUAUACAACACAUUCUUCUUUAUUUAUCCAAAAGAAUUAACAGGGAAAAGGAUGGCAACUGAGAAUAAAAAGAUGAAAACAAAUCAUGCAAA